AACAGUGAAACACACCAGCACGCUCUUUCUCCCAUUCCCUUGCUCACUGUAAAACCCUAAUGGCAACCCCAAUUAUUUUCCGAUCACGUACGUUUUCUAUGGUAGCAAGAUUCAGGAACAGGAAUUGUCGUAGUAAUGGAAGGGUUUCUAUUCAGGCGAGGCUUUGUCUUCGAAUCUGACGAAAGAAACGAUCGCCUCCUCGCAAUCAAAUCUCUCUGCCGUCUAUGCCAUUACCGGAGUCUACUCCUCAGGCUUCUAAGUGAAAAUCAUUGAGCUCCCACAAGUACGGCCAUGUUGAGGGUGAUGGGUAAGCCAAUUAUGCUGAGUCUUUAUUGUUUUCCUGUUUCACUGGUGGCUGUCGUUUCGCUUUAAUGACUAAAUUUCUAACAUGAAAUUGAUGCUUGGUUUUGCAUAGUUUGUUAGUUAGGAUUUCAUUUCAAUUUAAAGCUCGGGUAGAAGUUUGUUGGGGAUGGUACAUUUCACUUUCUUUGGUCGGCGAGAUGAAACUUAAUUGCAGUUUUGAAUUCUGUUAUCUUAGGCUGAUUAUGAUGUGUAAGUGAUUUUGAGAUUAUGGUAUGUGUUUGAAUUGUGCAGAGAGUUGAUGCUUUAAUGUGAGAAUUGGCAAAUGUCUCUUUUAAGUUAGUAUUUUCAGACCUUUUAAAACCAUUUUCUAUGUUCAAAGCUAUUCUAUUGAAUUGCAGGCUUAGAUUGCCUUUUGGGCCAAAGAAUUAAACAUUAGACCUAUUGUUCAUUUCUUUAUGGAAUAAUUAAUCUGUCAAAUUGUUGCAUCUGUUUCUGUUUCGAUUUGAUUACUUACUAGUGGGUCUAAUUGAAUUGGCUUUUUCAUGUGCUUCACUUUGCUUAUGGAGACAGCUCACAGAACUAGACAGAGCCAGGAGGGUCUUCUGGUUGAAAAUGUUUAGUUAAUACCUAUUUUCUUUUCUUUUCUUUCCUCCUUUUCUUAUAUGUAUAUAUAUAUAUAUAUAUAUAUAUAUAUUCAUAAUGGAUCGUAUAAGGAGGUUGAAGUGGAUUGGAUUUUGUUAUUAUUUUUUAUUUAUUCUAAUCAACUCAACACACACUA